GACAACAGGAUUCAUAAAAGUGAAGAAGGUGACAAAAAGAGAAGGAAAAUGCCGAAACCAAUCAACGUACGAGUAACCACCAUGGAUGCUGAGCUGGAAUUUGCCAUUCAGCCCAAUACAACUGGCAAACAACUUUUUGACCAGGUGGUGAAAACAGUUGGUUUGCGUGAGGUCUGGUUUUUCGGGCUGCAGUAUGUGGACAGCAAAGGUUAUUCUACGUGGCUUAAACUAAAUAAAAAGGUGACACAGCAAGAUGUUAAAAAAGAGAAUCCUUUACAGUUCAAGUUUAGAGCUAAAUUCUUUCCUGAAGAUGUUUCUGAGGAAUUAAUUCAAGAAAUAACCCAGAGACUUUUCUUCUUGCAAGUUAAAGAAGCUAUCUUAAAUGAUGAGAUAUAUUGCCCGCCAGAAACCGCAGUGCUUUUGGCUUCCUAUGCUGUCCAAGCCAAGUAUGGAGAUUAUAAUAAAGAGAUUCAUAAACCAGGCUACCUGGCUAAUGAUAGACUCCUACCACAGCGAGUUUUGGAACAACACAAACUGACAAAAGAACAGUGGGAAGAAAGAAUACAGAACUGGCAUGAAGAACAUAGGGGAAUGCUAAGAGAAGAUUCUAUGAUGGAAUACUUGAAGAUUGCACAAGAUCUAGAAAUGUAUGGAGUCAACUAUUUUGAAAUAAAAAACAAAAAGGGAACUGAAUUGUGGCUAGGCGUUGAUGCUUUGGGUCUGAAUAUUUAUGAGCAUGAUGACAAGUUAACACCUAAAAUUGGUUUUCCCUGGAGUGAAAUCAGAAAUAUUUCAUUUAAUGACAAAAAAUUUGUUAUAAAGCCAAUCGACAAAAAGGCACCUGAUUUUGUUUUUUAUGCACCUCGUCUGAGAAUCAAUAAGCGGAUUUUGGCCUUAUGUAUGGGAAACCAUGAACUGUACAUGCGAAGAAGGAAGCCUGAUACCAUUGAAGUACAACAGAUGAAGGCUCAGGCUAGGGAGGAGAAACAUCAGAAGCAGCUGGAGAGGGCACAAUUAGAGAAUGAAAAGAAGAAAAGAGAAAUAGCAGAAAAAGAAAAGGAAAGAAUAGAACGUGAAAAGGAAGAGCUAAUGGAACGUCUAAAGCAAAUUGAAGAACAGACGCUGAAAGCCCAGAAAGAACUAGAAGAACAGACUCGAAAAGCUCUAGAACUGGACCAGGAACGAAAACGAGCAAAAGAAGAAGCUGAAAGGCUUGAAAAGGAGCGUCAAGCUGCUGAAGAGGCCAAGUCUGCUAUAGCAAAACAAGCUGCCGACCAGAUGAAGAAUCAGGAGCAGCUAGCAGCAGAACUUGCUGAAUUCACUGCCAAGAUUGCACUUCUAGAAGAAGCCAAGAAGAAAAAGGAAGAGGAAGCUACUGAGUGGCAACACAAAGCUUUUGCAGCUCAGGAAGACUUGGAAAAGACCAAAGAAGAGUUAAAAACUGUGAUGUCUGCCCCUCCUCCACCUCCGCCACCACCGGUCAUUCCUCCAACAGAAAAUGAACAUGAUGAACAUGAUGAAAAUAAUGCUGAGGCUAGUGCUGAAUUAUCAAAUGACGGGGUGAUGAACCAUAGAAGUGAGGAGGAACGUGUAACAGAAACACAGAAAAAUGAGCGUGUUAAGAAGCAACUCCAGGCAUUAAGUUCGGAAUUAGCCCAAGCCAGAGAUGAAACCAAGAAAACACAAAAUGAUGUUCUUCAUGCUGAGAAUGUUAAAGCAGGCCGUGAUAAGUACAAGACUCUGCGACAGAUUCGACAGGGCAAUACAAAGCAGCGUAUUGAUGAGUUUGAAGCAAUGUGAGAGCUGUUAUUUUGCAUACGUGUUCUUCAUAAGCUGAACCACCAACAGAGAAAAGCAGGCCUUUGCAGAUGUGAUGGAAUGCAUCCCACCUUGCCAAAGCACUUAUACCAGUUUGACUGUGGUGGCUAAAAGACAUCUCUAAGGGGAGCUCUUCAACAUUAAGGCAGUGUGAUACCAUGUUUGGUUGUCUUUUUCUUUUGGGCCAGGGAAUGGAGAACAGUGUUCCAUCACCUUUCACAUUUUUCAUUUUGCAUUUUUUUUUCUGUUGAAGAUUAACACUAAUUAUCAUGUCUGACCAAGGUGUAUGUGUGAUCUAAGCACUUUGUACAUUUUAAAGGAUGAUGGUGACUUAAUGAGUGUUCAGGUAGAGCUCUGUUUUUCCUUGCCCCUUCCAUAUUUUACAUGCAUGUAUUUCCACAUUCUCUCUCACUCUUAUUUUCUCAGUGUGCCCUUGUCGUAUCUUGCCACGCCUGUAGCCAUAAUUCUGCCACCAUACGGAUCAUUGGCAAUGUUCAAAAUGAGGGUAGGUGACAUGGUGGACAAUGUUUGAUCAUUGUGUAGAAGAUGGCUAUGAAUCAUGAAAAAGAUUAGAAUGUUUAAUAGUGUAGUCUGCAGCUGGUGGUUAAUUUUUUUAAAUCCCAAUUUAAUUACAUUGUUGGAUAUUUGAUAUUUGCUUGCUUAAUUACAGUCAUCUUUGACAGCUGAACUGAUUGGUGUUUCAUCUCCUGUCAUCUUUUGGUUUUCUUUGCCUACUGAUUCACAAAGGUGUAGACAACAGGUAGUAGUUUCCUAGCAAAAUUUAUUGAUGAAACGUUAUUUGCAAAUAACAGUCAUCUCUGAAAGAUUUAAAAGUUUUCUUCUUUCAUACUUUGAUUUAGACAAAGAGAUGUUUAAUAAAAGAAAAUAUACAUUUGUUGGUAAUUGAUUAUAAUCAUUUAAAAAAACUUGGACCUUUCUGGAAGGGCAGCAUAUGAAAACAUCAGUCCCAAAGAGGGGACGGUAUAUCCUACCUCACUACUACACCUGCGAUGACUGGUUGUUCAAACACAAUAGAGUGUGUAAGCUGUAUGUUUUACAAUACAUAGUGAUACUUGCAAUCAUGAAGGAAUAUUUUUGAGAUUUCUCUUUUUCUUCGGAAUAUCUUACAGUGCUAAAUUUUUAACUGCCUUUUUGUUGAGCUGAAUUGUGGGACUCUGAUUCGCAUUAAAAUUGUAAGUUCUUGCUGGUAUACUAUCUUCCUGGAGGGGUGUUGUAUGCCUGAGGAAGUGUGUGUGUGUGUGUGUGUGUGUGUGUGUGUGUGUGUGUGUGAGUGAGUGUGAGUGAGUGUGAGAGGGAGAGAGAGAGACAUGUUGCCCUUGUAGCAUGUGAAGAAUGCCUGUACCAUCAUUUCCUGAUGUAAUUGUUACAUAAUCAUUUUAGCAUAUUUGGUUUCUAAAUCAUUGUGCUUAUUUUUUUCAAUCUCUAACUAAGAAUACUUAAAUUUGGUUCAUUAAUCCUAAUUUAGAAAUUAUAAUUUUAGGUUAUAUUAAGUUCAAUUAUGUCUUACAAAGAAAUCUUUCCAGUUUGAAAGAUGUUCUAAUAGUCACAUGUCCUAACAUUUUCUUUAUUGUAAAACAUCUAGAUUUGAAGAUAAGAAAAGCCUUGUUUUCUCUGUGUGGUUCAGCUACUUUCCAUUUGGUAUUAUGUACUCAAAUUUACAUUUAUCUAUUAAAAUUGCCAUUUUGUUAAACAUUUUUCAUGCACAGUAGAUUCAAGUUGUGUCUGAAAAUAUCUCUUGUGCUUUUUUGAUUUUGCUGACUUUAAAAGGAUUAAUCUGGGCAGACAUUAUGAGAAGGAAAGGUUGCAUUUAAUAUAUAUUUUGGACUUUGUAGGGCAAAAGAUAACUGGUUAACCUUGAAGUGACUGUUGUAUGGUGGUUGUGCACAUGCUUCAAAACUCUAUGGAAGAGAGUGUUUCUACUUGCAGCACAUUAGAGGAAUAGAUGGUGAACUCUGCUGUUGAGGCUUUACAGCAUGUGUUCACUUUUCCAAAGCAUUAAAACAAUUGCCAUAAAGGUGAAAACUUGGACUUUCAUUGGAUUUUUAUUAAUUUUCUUCAUUUUGAAUUGUGUGCACUACCAUUGUUACUUCAGUUUGAUAUCAGUGUUGAAAAAUUACCAGUUAUAUUUGCUGUUUAUAAUCUAUUUGUAGAUUAGGAUUAAAAUGGAUUUAAUCCAUUUUUAAAGCUGUGUGAAUUUUUCUAAACAAGAACAACUAUUUGCAAUAUAGGUUUUCAUAGUGAUUAAACCAAUUAUAACUUUUAUUAUUAGCAGUUGAGAGCACAUGUUCAUAUAGCAAUGUAAAAAUAUAUUAAUGAGUAUUUGGUAAAUUCCAACAGGCUUUUACCAUUAGCAUAAUUUUGUGUUGUACAAUUAAGUUACAAUUACAUCUAUAAUUUUGGAUAACAUUCAUUGGUUAACAAUAAAGUGACAAAAGCUCA